GGGGCGGGGCCGGCGCCCGAAGAGGCUGCGGCGACGCUGCGGGCAGGCGCGGCUGUGAGCUGAGCCGCCGACCGGUGGAAGGACCGCCGAUCGCGCAGCUGAGCGCGGCACCUGCGGCCAGGAGCGUCGGGCUGCAGCAGCGCGCGGACGGCCCGACUAGAAGCUGCCGCUGAGAUGAGUGCAGUGUCAGAGGCCCAGGCCGCUCACCGCCCCCUGGAGAAGCCGCCCAGCACAGCCAUCCUGUGUAACACCUGCGGAAAUGUGUGCAAGGGCGAGGUGCUGCGGGUCCAGGACAAGUACUUCCACAUCAAGUGCUUUGUCUGCAAAGUGUGCGGCUGCGACCUGGCCGAGGGUGGCUUCUUCGUGCGCCAGGGCGAGUACAUCUGCACGCGUGACUACCAGAGGCUGUAUGGGACCCGCUGCUUCAGCUGUGACCAGUUCAUCGAGGGCGAGGUGGUGUCUGCGCUUGGCAAGACCUACCACCCUGACUGCUUCGUGUGUGCUGUGUGCCGGCUGCCUUUUCCACCCGGGGACCGAGUGACCUUCAACGGGAAGGAGUGCAUGUGCCAGAAGUGCUCCGUGCCCACGGCAGCGGGCAGCAGCUCACACCUGUCCCAGGGCCUCUGGAGUUGUGGGGGCUGCGGCACAGAAAUCAAAAACGGCCAGUCCCUGGUGGCUUUGGACAAACACUGGCAUUUGGGCUGUUUUAAGUGCAAGACCUGCGGGAAACAGCUGAACGCGGAAUACAUCAGCAAGGACGGGCUGCCCUACUGUGAAGCCGACUACCACGCCAAGUUCGGCAUCCGCUGUGACGGCUGCGAGAAGUACAUCACGGGGCACGUGCUGGAGGCGGGGGAAAAACACUACCACCCAUUGUGUGCACUAUGUGUCAGGUGUGGCCGGAUGUUUGCAGAGGGCGAGGAGAUGUAUCUUCAAGGUUCCUCCAUCUGGCACCCGGCGUGUCGACAAGCAGCCAGAACUGAAGACAAAAACAAGGAAACCAGAACGUCCUCCGAGAGCAUCAUUUCUGUACCUGCCUCCAGCACCUCAGGCUCUCCCAGCCGCGUGAUCUACGCGAAGCUGGGAGAUGAGAUUCUCGACUACAGAGACCUGGCUGCUCUUCCUAAAAGCAAGGCCAUCUAUAACAUCGACCGCCCCGACAUGAUUUCCUACUCGCCCUACAUCAGCCACCUGGCGGGAGACAGGCAGAGCUACGGCGGCGAGCCCCCUCAGUUACUUUCGCCAACGCCGACUGAGGGGGACCAGGACGACCGCUCCUACAAGCAGUGCCGGACCUCCAGCCCGAGCUCCACCGGGUCAGUCAGCCUGGGGCGUUACACCCCAACCUCACGGUCGCCCCAGCACUACAGCCGUCCAGCUGGUACUGUGAGUGUUGGUACCAGUAGCUGCCUGUCCCUGUCCCAACACCCAAGCCCUACAUCCGUGUUCAGACAUCAUUACAUCCCCUACUUCCGAGGCAGUGAAAGUGGCCGGAGCACCCCCAGCCUCUCAGUGCUCUCCGACAGCAAGCCUCCCCCCUCCACCUACCAGCAGGCUCCUCGUCAUUUCCACGUCCCAGACGCUGGCGUAAAAGAGAACAUCUAUAGGAAACCCCCCAUCUACAAACAGCAUGGUCCUGUAGCCCAGUCCCCAAUUUCCCAGCUCUCGGGCCUGAUGUCAGUCUUGUCCUUGGUGGUGCACAAAGCAGGGUGCUCCAAAAGGCUGGAAGCCCCCAGCCCUCCGCAGGCUGCAGCCUUGAGGCGAUUGGAUGGGGAGGAUGGAAGUUUCGACCAGGAUAACAGGAAGCAGAAGGCCAGCUGGCUGAUUCUCAAAGAGGAUACAGACACUAGGACUAACUCUCCAGACCUAGACAGCCAGUCUUUGUCUCACAGUAGUGGGACCGAUAGAGACCCUCUCCAAACAAUGCAAGGAGACAACUUUUACUCACGAUUCCCCUAUUCCAAAUCUGACCCUCUCCCAGGACACGGAAAGAAUGGCUUGGACCACCGGAACGCCAAUCUGGCCUCUUGUGGAGCAGACCCGGAUGCCAGCUGGGGCACGCGAGAAUACAAGAUCUACCCUUAUGAUGCCCUCAUUGUCACAAACCGGAUUCGCGUGAAACUGCCCAGAGACGUGGACCGGACGAGACUGGAGAGACACUUGUCUCCGGAGGAGUUCCAGGAGGUGUUUGCGAUGAGUAUGGAGGAGUUUGACCGCCUGGCCCUCUGGAAGAGGAAUGACCUCAAGAAGAAAGCCCUGUUGUUCUGAUGCCGCCAGGAUGCCUGAGCCCGUGUGCUGGUGGCCAAGCCCCGGACCCCAGUGGGAACCACACAGACCCUUCCUAUUGCACUGGCUCUGGCUUCUCUGUGUCCACGCGGUGGGCGCCUGGGGAGGGCUGGGCUGGGGACCGGGCGGGAACAGGUCCCACAGCAGUUGCAGCCGGGGACACUCCUGCCCGUAGGUCAGGGCCCAGGUGCCUCGCUUUGCACCCCUCCUCCCCCGCUGUGCUUGGCAUCAGGGAGAUGUUGCAAGGUGGCCGUCCGCGGAGAGGGAAGGACGUGUAGACAACCACAGCCCACCUUCCCGGCCUCCCCCGCACGAGGCCCUUAGGGCACAGAGGUGACUGGGGCUGAGAUUUGCGGAAACUUGUCAACGACAGGCGCUGACACAAUCGUUGCUGGGUGGGCACAGAGCUCCUGCGCCCACCGGCCCCCACCCACCCGCUCAGCCCAGGAGGCACAGCCUUGCAUACAGAUGGCAUCUGGCUCAUGGGCCUGCAGGCCCGGGUGCCCAGGGCUGUGCCAGCCUUGGGGUGCACGAUUUUUGCAGCCGUUUGUGACAAGUCUCUCUUUAGGGGCAGAUGUCAACCUGACAGUGUACCUUCCUCUAGGACCCUCCGUGCACUGCGUUUUUCUUCCAAAUCAUCCCCUAGAUGCCUAAAUGAUAUCUUUAAAGUAACAUAAAAGGUUUUAUUUUAUUAAAAAGUAUAGCCUACUGAAACAUAAGAUGACAUAUAUAAAGAAUUUAAUUUUCUGGUCCCACUGAGGGGAGCGCUUCCAGCCUUAUUCUCCACUGUUCGGAUCUGUGUGGUUUCGGUUCUCGGUGUUUCUACUACGUGGGACCCCUUGUCUGUUUUCUUUUUGCUUUUUUCCUCCCGUACCUGUCACACAGGUACCCUUAAAGGCAGACCCCCUUCCCAACGAAUGCUGUUUGUAAGGACUUGUGAAGUACGGCCACCACCGUUAUUUCUUUGCUGUUACUUUCCAAGUCUUAGAGAGGAAAACAAACCUCUUCUGAUGGCCAAAGCCCCGAAAUAAAGAAUUCCUUGUGCCCAGCCCGAUACCCAAUGUGGCUUUUGGUGACGUAACCAGUGGUGUGCUACCUUCCCACAGCAGAACACAAACACCGGGAAUGAUCGAUGCCUCGUGUGUGGGCCUGAGACAGACACCCCCUGACACUUGGGGAGAGAAGGACGGGAGGUGCUGCCUGGUCUGCCAGGUCAGCAGUGCAUCCCGCAGCAAAGGCCAACAGUCCCCAACUGAAAGGUGUCAUGUCUGCCAUUAGGCGUGGGGUAAGGUGCGGUACCUAUCACAGAGUGUUUGUAAAGCGCGUCGAGAGGCGUAGGAAACCCUAUGAGGUGUCACCCACGUCUGUUUCCAAGUCUUCUGUGGAGCUGUGUCUUUGUGUGUGUCCUAGAUGUCCACAUCCGUGAGUCUGCGUCACUCAGCUUCCUUCCAGCCCCGUAACACGCCACCCCCUGUCCUGCACCCGGCUUCUCACCAGUCCGGCUUGGCCAGGGAAGGGGAAAUGUCAGCACCUAAUAUGCUUCCUUCCAUCUAGCAGUUUGAGCCUGGCAACUGGAAACCCCCACUUUUCUUAUCAGUACAAUGUCAUGUCGGAGCCAGGGAAGCCUGGAAAAAUAAAGGACGAUGUAUUAUAAGUUGUA